GCUCAGCUCUCUUGUAAUUUUAUGACCAUCAUGCUUAUUUUCUUAGCUUAUAAAUACCAUGUGUUAGUAGCAACUAAGUCACAACAAUCUCUUAUAAUUAUCUCCUCUCCAAAUGGCGAAAUUUAUUCUGCUCUUAUUUCCUUUAAUCGCUCUGGCAAUGGUGAGACUGGGAAGCACAGCUCCUGCAUCAAUAUCUCCAGAAGCAUACUGGAAGCUUAAGCUGCCUAACACUCCCAUGCUUAACUCUAUCAAGAACUCACUGCCCUCACCUGCAGGAGACCAAGCAAUGGAUAUGCCACUUAAAGGAGUUCAACCAAGUGCUAAAGAAUCAUUGCCUAGCAUCAAAGGCCCCUAUGACGACGGGUUGUUAUCUUACAGUAAAAAAGGGUUAGCAUCUACCAACAGCUACGGCGGUUUGUUAGCUUAUAGUAAAAAAGGAUUAUCAUCAACCAACAGCUACGGCGGUUUGUUAGCUUAUAGUAAAAAAGGGUUAGCAUCUACCAACAGCUAUGGCGGUUUGUUAGCUUACAGUAAAAAAGGGUUAGCAUCUACCAACAGCUAUGGCAGUUUGUUAGCUUAUAGUAAAAAAGGGUUAGCAUCUACCAACAGCUAUGGCGGUUUGUUAGCUUACAGUAAAAAAGGAUUAUCAUCUACAAGGGGCUAUAAUGGGUUGUUAUCUUACAGUAAAAAAGGAUUAGAAUCUACAAAGGGCUAUAAUGGGUUGUUAUCUUAUGGUAAAAAAGGACUAGAAUCUACCAGCGGCUAUAAUGGCUUGUUAUCAUACAAAAAACAACAGGCGCAUGAUCAUGCCAAAGAGUCUGUCCGUGUUGAUGAUGCUACCAAAAAUCGAGUUUUCUUCGUAGAGAAAAAACUUAACCUAGGGACAAAAAUGACCUUACACUUCCAAAAGAGCAUACAAACGGGUGUUUUCUUACCUCGUGAAGUUUCCAAUAAGAUACCCUUCUCAUCAGACAAAAUACAAGAAACCCUUAAAAUUCUCUCCUUAGACCCUAAAUCAGAAGAAGCAAAGGUUCUUUCGCACAGGAUCGAGCUUUGCGAAGAGCCUACAAUCGAAGGAGUAGAGAAGAAAUGUGUGACUUCACUUGAAUCGAUGGUGGACUAUGUAAUCUCAAAGAUUGGUACGAAUGUGAAAGCACUCACAACACAAGUAGAGAAAGACUCAACAAUGGAGUAUACAAUCAAAGGGGUUAAAAAGCUCGUAAAAGAUGAUCGUGAGACAGUAGUUUGCCACAAGAUGGGGUACCCUUACGCCUUGUUUUUCUGUCACAGGACGAAGACAAUAAGGUCUUACAUGGUUUCCUUGAUAGGGAAAGAUGGUAGUAUAAUAGAGGCGGUUGCUGCUUGUCAUAAGGAAACGAAUGAUUUCUUGGAUAAUUAUGCGAAAAAUGUUCUGAAUGUUGUUCCUGGAAGUACUCAUAUUUGCCAUUUCCCACCUGCUGAGGAUACCAUUAUUUGGGUGCCUAAUAAGUAAUAAGGAGUAACAAACUUGAUCGAACUUGUCGAAAUAAGUUGAUCAGAUUUACAAUGUUGUUGAUAUGAUAUGAUAUGAUAUGAUAUGAUGUUGUAUGUGAGCUUGUUGCUUUUUUACAUUCUACCUUAAUUUGUUUGAAGAAAUAAGCUGUGAAUUUGGAAGGGCAUAAUUGUGUUAAGUAGGCGUUGUGUUGGCCGGCUAACAAGGCUGCGGUAAUUAAAUGUUUGCAAUGUAUUUGUAGAUCCAUUGCUGCUUGUGCUACUUGCUUCAUUUUGCAUUCAACAUAUUUCGUUGUCAUAUAUUAAGACGGUCAGAUAGACCUAAUAAGAUAUCACAUGAUUAUUAUA